UGAUGUAUUAUGUUUUGUGUGCUUCAUCAUCACCAUGUUCCCCCAGAGGUCUCUGUGUGUGUGUGUGUGCGUGUGUUUAAGAGAGAGACAUUUACAAUGUAAUAUGCGACGGCUUUCACUGACACACACCUGCCACCAGCAGGUCCCUCGUUUGUCGAUAGAGGGUUAACGUCUGUCAUCGAUCAGAGCUUCUCAGCAGUCUGUAUAUCUCCUCCCACGCACCCUAUUUAAUCAAACCCCCUGCCCUUAGCUCCACCGGCUUGUGGAAGGAAAAAAAAAAACCUCACUCAGUUCACGCUUACGAACAGCUCUAAUCUUUGCUGAAGACGACAUGGCUUUGGCGGAUCCACAGCGUGGAAUAACUAACGGUGCAGAUCCUGGCUCUGCGUUUUCGGAGAUUAUCGAGCUAAAUGUUGGUGGCCAGGUGUACGUGACAAGACGCGCAACUUUACUCGCAGUGCCGGACUCUCUUUUAUGGGGCAUGUUCAGUAAGAACACGCCCAAGGACCUGGCGCGGGAUAGCAAAGGGCGCUUCUUCUUGGACCGGGACGGCUUUCUGUUCCGUUACAUCCUAGAUUACCUGCGCGACCUCAACCUGGUGCUGCCAGAUUACUUCCCGGAGAAGAAGCGCCUGCAAAGAGAGGCCGAGUUUUUUCAGCUGCGAGAGCUGUGCAAGCGUCUGAGUCCUAAAAUGAGCAAGGACGACUCAGUGUGUGAAGAGAGCUGCUAUCAGAGCGAUUCGGAUGAGGUGAUGGCGCACGGUGCCGCGGUUUCCGGUUGGGAUGCGUCGCGCGCGCUUUCCGCACUCAGCAUGGCGCACUCGACCUCGGCGGAAGUCAGAAAGUCGGGCUACAUCACCAUUGGCUACAGGGGCUCGUACACCAUCGGGAGGGACAUUCAGACCGACGCCAAGUUCAGGCGCGUGGCGCGCAUCACCGUGUGCGGGAAGACUUCCCUCGCCAAAGAGGUGUUCGGAGACACUCUGAACGAGAGCAGAGACCCGGACAGGCCUCCGGAGAGAUACACUUCCCGCUAUUAUCUCAAAUACAACUUCCUGGAGCAGGCUUUCGACAGACUCACGGAGUUCGGCUUCCGCAUGGCCGCGUGCAGCUCCACAGGGACGUGCGCUUACGCGAGCAACGACCCGGGCGAGGACAAAAUCUGGACGAGUUACACAGAGUAUGUGUUCUGUCGGGACUAACACUCCCAGGAAGUGUACAACUCUAUGUGCAUCAUUCAUGUGGAAGGGUACAAACACGGAGGGAGAAAAAAAAACCCUAAUAGUGUAUUAGGUUAUUAGAAGUGAACACUGUACCACUGAGUUACUUCAACACUAUAGAUGCUAAUUCACUGUUAUGUAAAUACAUGUCACAGACAGUAGCUCCUGCACAUCCCUUUAAUGAUUUAGUAAGUUACUGCAUAGUAGUUAGCUUUACUUUAUGACCACUAAAAACCAUUAAAUACAGGACAUCAGGUAUUAAAGAUCUCAGAUUAUUUCAUAUUGCCCACUAGACUUUAUUACAGCAACUACCGAGCACACCAGAGAUAAUGGAACUAAAACAGUUUACAAUAAAAUUUUAACCUAUAAUAUUAAAAAAAAUCCUUAUGCAUGUGCUCUCAUGCCUGUAAAGAUUUUGAGUAGCCUCUUUGAUGAUAUUUAACAAAACCAAAUGGAGUAAGGUGUAGCUUAAACUUUUACAGCUGUAUAUUGGAUGUAUGAUGACCUCUUGCAUGAUGAUGCAUUAGACUAAAAGCAUAGGAUUUCCAUAAACUAUCAAUAAAGACUGUAUAUCUCCCUCAUCUGUUGUUUAUCAGACUAGUAGUUCAACAGCUCUUGCCAUACUCUCUGUUAAUGUGCAUGCUCCGUUUCCACUGACUUUUGUACUGUUGUUGUGAUCUGGUAGAAAAAUCAAAUCUAACACUCCUUUAAAACUGUGCACACUUCUUGCUUCUGAACUGUUUUUCCAUUCAUAAUACACUGUUUUGAUAUUUCGGUAUUGUUAAGACUUGUGCUCUAAAUUAAUAUGUUUCUUAUAACUACAUGUGUGUGCUUUAAAUGUUUUGAAGAUAUUAAAUAAAAUUCUAUUCUUGUCAUUAACAAACUAUAGUAGUUUUUGUUUAAUAUUGAUGAUAAUACUUUAACACAGAGAUUAAAACUUAGAAGAUAAGAUACUGUACAGGAAAAUGAAGGUUUAUGCAAACAACUCCUGGAUGGCAUGCCUGCUUUAUGUGACAACUCUGGUAUAUAAACACGUAGAGCUACAGCAGAGCUGUGUCGGUCUAUAAACAUAGAACGGGGUGUGAUUUUGAGCAGAUUUGAGAUUUAUAAAGAGAAAAAAAUAUAUUACCAAAAAUUUAGAGAAAAAACACAUCUG